AUGACGGAGAGGCUCAAUGUGGUUGGACUUCUUUCGGGAGGCAAAGAUAGCUGUUAUAAUCUAUGCCAUUGUGCUGCUUUGGGUCAUAAUAUAGUUGCCUUGGCCACUUUGGCACCACCGGAAGGAAAAGAUGAAUUGGAUUCUUACAUGUAUCAGACUGUCGGUCAUGAUGCUAUCCACCUAAUCGCACAAGCUAUGGAUCUUCCACUUUAUCGAACCACAAUCAAAGGAAAGGCACUCAAUCAGACCUCCACCUAUGGUGAUCGAUUACCAAACGGAAAAAGCUCAACUGCUUCGAGUUCUACUUUAGAUCACGAUGAAACAGAAGAUCUUUUUACACUUCUCAAACAGGUCAAACAAGCACAUCCAGAAGUUAAUGCCGUCAGUGUAGGAGCAAUCCUCUCCAAUUACCAAAGAGUUCGCGUUGAACAUGUUGCUUUGCGAACCGGAAUGGAAUUGCUCCCACUAAGCUUUUUAUGGCAACGUGAUCAAGCGGAACUCUUGGACGAAAUGUGUGCUGCUGAUAUGCAGUCGAUUCUUAUCAAAGUCGCAGGAGCUGGUCUAGAACGAGAAGAUCUUGGUAAAACGCUGAAACAGAUGAGAAACAAACUACACAAAUUGAAUCGUUUAUAUGGCGCACACAUCUGUGGAGAAGGAGGAGAAUAUGAAACAUCUACACUCGAUUGUCCUUUGUUCAAGCGGAAAAUCAUUCUUGACAAGACUAUAGCUGUCACGCAUGGAGAAGAAAGCUCUGAUGGCGUAUUCUAUAUGAAGAUCGAGGGAGCCCAUUUGGAGGACAAAACCGAGCAAGUUGAGGUCUCGGCUUCGACAAUCACCAUUCCUGAUCGAUUCGAUAAGUACAGCGUCAGAUCUAGACCUCAAGAGAGGCUAGAAUCGAUCAGUACGGAGCUGAGCAACAAGCAGCCCUUGAAACAUAUUCGACAGGAAACCUUCGUAACCAAGAAUGGACCUUGGUGCGCUAUCAGCGGUAUACAGGGCAGUGCGGUAGAAGGGAACGACAUUCAGACAGAGAUACGGAGCGCUUUUCAGUCAUUGGAGGGUACACUUCGAUCACAAGGCUUCAGUUUUGAACAUCUAGCCCAUCUCAACGUCUAUCUGUCGAAUCAACGGCAUUUUGCUGCUCUGAAUAUGGUCUACAAGACUUUGUUCGGAGUCGAUCCGCCAAGCAGGGCCUGUGUGGCAAUCAACUUAGAUGGAGAACAGAGCAAUAUCCUAAUAGACGCAUAUGCAUAUGGCAAUCGUCUUGCCAAAAGUGCACAAUCAAUUCCUCGAAAAGCAUUGCAUGUCCAAGGAAGAAGUUAUUGGGCAGCUGCGAAUAUUGGACCGUAUUCACAAGCUGUUGAAAUUGGAGGACGGAUCUCGAUUGCAGGUCAAAUUGGAUUGGAUCCGAUUACAUUACAACUUGUUCAAGAUCCUUUUGAUCAGACCAUUUUGGCUUUACAGCAUGCACGAAGGAUCUUCAAGGCAAUUCUUGAAGAUCAUCGUGUGCUGAAAAAGCAAGGAUGGAUUGAGGGAUCCAUUUGUUGGAUGAAUGAUGUGAAGCAAUUACCGUUUGCACGCCAGCUUUGGCACAAUCAAUCACAGGAGACGUCCGAUGAUGAUGAUGAAGGAGACGCAUGGGAAGAUUCAUGGCUUGGUUCGGAGUUGAACGCAAAAGAUAUACCCACCCUGUUCGUCACCUUGGCUGAAGAUGGCCUGCCACGAAAUGCUUCGGUCGAAUGGCAACUGAGCGCUCAAAGUGGAGACCAAGACACCGAUGAAGCGGACGAUGAUGAUGACGAUAGUGAAGAAAGUAGUGGCUUGAGGUUGACACAAGGAGCAGAUCGUUUCGGAACAUGCUCUGUGGAAUGGACAUGUAUCAGCAAGAACCACUCAGCCUCCCAAUUCGGCAUUGCUUACUUAAAUAAUUCCGACGAACAAAGCAAGACGGACAGUACGACAAUCGCAGCGCUUCUACAGACGCAUGGUGCUUCAGUACGUCUUUUCUACACCAACGAUGCGGUCGUUGACCAAUUAAGAGAAAGUCUUGGACAACUUCCUGUCGAGCCAAAUGCUGCUAUCACAUAUAUACCCGUUUCUGGUCUAUUCGAUCGCAACGCAUCCCAGAUCGAUGCAGCAAUAGUCUGGCAAACGGCAUAA